AUGUCUCGUCAACCAUGCUCGGGGGAAUGCCACCACAGCGAAUGCAGCGUUCCCAAACUUUCUCUCUCGGACUAUGGGCUUUACCUCGGUCAGCAACUGAAUACUCGGAUGCUGAGUCUUGGAAACUGGAAUCUCCCCUGCUUUGCCCUCGCAGAGAAAUCACGAAACCACACUUUCGUCGGCCGGGACGAUAUCUUGCGAUCGAUGGAUGAGCACCUUCUUCCACAAGAGACAUCUCUUCCUGCGGACAUGAACAGUAUCCGCAGCUUUGCAAUUUGCGGAGAGAGUGGCAUUGGCAAGACCGAUCUGGCUAUCGAAUAUGCCUACUCAAGGAAAAACCAAUUCGGCGCCGUGUUUUGGCUGCACGCUGGUAGUGCGGCCCAAUUGAUGACCGACUAUUGCCAAAUCCCGAGCUACCUAGGCCUUACAAACACAUACAGUCACCCGACUCCGGAAUCAAGGCGGAAACUCGCAAAAGCGUGGCUGAACAAUCCAAAGAAGAGUGUGGAUUGGGGUGUCAAUUGUCGCUGGCUAUUGAUCUUCGACCAAGCCGAUGACCUCGACGUUAUUGCCAAUUACAUUCCACGUGGUGGAAAUGGAUCAAUUUUGAUCACAAGUCGAAAUUAUGCGGCAAACAAUCGUUUCUUUGAAAAUGGAGCUGGCGCCGACCUGGGUCCACUUUCGAUAGGCGAGGCAACGACACUCCUGCAACGUCUAGUACUAGGAUCAGAUGUUAAACUGCGCCGAGCAGACCAGAAAGCUCUAAAGAAGAUAGCUAGCUUGUCCUAUGGCGUACCCGGGGCUAUCACGAGCAUCGCUGAGUCUAUCCAAGACGACUCCCUCUCACUUGCAGAGUAUGCGGAGCUGUUGACUUCAGAUGUGGCACACUUGGCAAAUGUAAGAGCGGACGCUUUUCAUCUCAGGCGAAUGUGA